AUGAGUGGAAGUAAGCGAGUUCGUUUCGGAGAUCCAAAUUUUGAGGCAACCCUUUUAAAAUGGUAUGAGGAAGAUGAAGAGGAAACUAGUGAUUUUGAGGAUAGGGCUUUAGAUCCAGAUUUUGCUAUUUUAAGCGACCACGAAUCUAUCGAUGAACAAUCAGCUGAUGACAAUCACGUCAAUAUUCAACAAAAAAAUGAAUCUGAAGAUUCGGAUACUGAUAUGGAUUCUGACGGAGAGAGACCUGCUUUUUAUGGAAGAAACCGUUUAAAAUGGUGUAAGCAAGCACCCAACAAGCAAGUAAGAACAAGAGCUGAAAAUAUUAUCAUUCAUUUACCUGGUUUGAAAGGUCCAGCCAGACUUCAUAGUGAUGAACCAAAUCCAAUUCAAAUAUGGAAACUUUUAUUUACUGACAAAUUAUUGGAUGAAAUGUAUAAUAAUCCCAGCUUACAGAAAGGAUUGAAAGUAGAUAUAGGCCGAGUGCUUGGAGAGCGUCUUCAUCAGCUGCCUCAGCCUUACCAAAGCGGAAAAGAUGUAGCCUUUUUCCAUCAAAAAAGGACAGAAAAACUUCCAAUGCGUAUUGACUUGUUCAUGUUUAAUGAUAUCUACAAUUUCGUCUGGGGGUUGAAUAAAAAGACUGUCUUCGUCAUUAUCGAUGUUUACGAACAUAGUUUCGGUAUCAGGUUGUUUUGGGGUAGAAAAGUUGAAUGUGGUCCUAAAAUAGUUGGUUGCUUAACUAUAAGGGGAGGAUCUUGGUUGGACGAUCUGGUCCUUCUCCAAAAUGUUCCGCUUGCAGAUUUGGGCGAUGCGUCCAAAUCCCUGACUUCGUACGUGGUAGCUGCACACGGUGUCUUCGAUAGACUGGUUCCGCUCGAACUCCCACUCACCAAAAUACGAGCAUGGGAAUCGGACCAAGAUAUCAGCAAAGCUAACGAUACAGUUAUACCGUUUGGAGGCAAACUGGAAGGACAUGUUACUAAUCUCACACCCGGAAAGGCCUAUAAACUUAGAGUGCUAGCCUACUCAAACGGAGGUGAUGGACGCAUGAGCUCUCCAGCUAAGGAAUUCCAAAUGGAACUAAAAUGCAGCAAAAUAGUCUGCGCCAUUUGCAGUUAUCCGUUGAUGCUCGGCAAUUGCAGGAUCGUGGGGAAGAAGGGAAUAAGUACACUGAUCACACAGAGCAAACGCGUGGAAGACAAAAAAUGGUUGGAUUGGGAAAAAAAGGGAAAACUGGACUGCCAUGAGAAGUGUAGACUUUCAUACUCGAACCUGUGUGGCAAGUUCUUGAAGAAGGACAAAAAUGUCACUCAUUAUUUGGCGAAGUUAGUAGAACUUGUGAAUGAUGACUCUACAGAUAGAAGGACUGUUGCAGAUCACAAUAAAAAACGUUACGGUGAGGAAGUUGAGUGCAGUAUAAUGGGGGAAAAAGAUAUACUUGUAUGCUUCAAAAGUCAUCAUGUUUUUAAUGUGUCAGAAGACCCAUCAACUUUCACAGAAGGGCAGAUACAACUUAUUUUGCUUCAGGCCUCAAAUAUAAUGCACAGAGAGAUUCAUAGCAAGCAAUUUGUAAGCGAUAAGUACCCACCGUCCAAUCAAUUUGUGAGAGAUAUUUCCUCCGAUUAUCCACUCCACUUUUCUUUCAUUAUUGAGCACUUUCUCCUUAUCGCUGACGAAGAAGAAGAUAAAAAAGCAAAGUCUGUGAAGCGAGACAUGAUAUCUCAAUGCAUACUUUUAUUCAUUCAGCCACGUACGUUUUUGUCCACUCUCCACUUGUCGAGUGGGACAUUGAUUCUGGGAAAAACCGGUUCCCACCCAGAUUGA